CAGUCCGGUCGGGCCGAAGACAACACGUCUAUAACCCGUCCUUGUCGCUCGUUCAUGCUAGACAGAGAAAGCAACAGCAGGCAGGCCGGUGCUGAUCGUAUUCCGUCGAGGGUGUCGCCAUUUUCGUUUUGACGAAUAUUGACAGCACGGCAGACAGACAGUGGCGCGGUCGUCGACGCAGCGUCUACCGGAUUAUUUUUAUUUUGAUAGUGAAUCAUUUAACGACCAGACUACGUUCUCUGACUCGUUACGCGUCGGUUUGCAAUAAAAACUCUAUUUACUACAACAGUGACGAGUGAUAGACGUUUAGUUGACGAAUUUUGGUGCUAACCUCUUCAUUCUUUUUUUUCCUCCCGUCAGUGUUUUUGAGAACUGCAAGGCUGAUCGAUAUGUGCAAGAUUUACCACAGAUGACUCUGCGUUACUCAACCUCGUGUUGAUUUCUUCUGAUGAGGUAGCCAAGGUGGUGAUCUUGGCGGGAUGCAGGGCGGCGGUGCGCCCGCCGCGGACGCCGACCAGGCACAGUUUGAGGCGGACAAGAGGGCCGUUUAUAAACAUCCACUCUUCCCCCUACUGGCACUCCUCCUGGAGAGAUGUGAGCAAGCGACAGCAGGGGCCGAGCCCCCGGCGGCCGAGGCCUUCGGCGCAGACCUGCAGGCCUUCGUCCAGCACCAGAGACGGGACCGCAGGCCCUUCCUCGUGGACGACCCCGAGAUAGACGGACUUAUGAUUAAAAGCAUUCAGGUGCUAAGGAUCCACCUUCUCGAGCUGGAGAAGGUCCAGGAGUUGUGCCGAGACUUCUGCGGGAGGUACAUAGCGUGCCUCAAGACUAAGAUGCAGAGUGAGAACCUGCUGCGGACUGAUUAUUCUUCAGGUGGUGUAGAAAGCAACAACAACCUAUCGGGGUCCAUAGACGAACACUCGAGCACGUCCAACUCCCCACAAUAUCAGUCGCCCCCCGCCCCGCUGGUGCCGGCUCAGUUCCCGGCGGUGUACCCGCCGCACACAGACCUGCCUUACGCGCCGGCGCAGCGGGAUACACCGCCACUAUUAGUAAAGGGUUCGACGCCGAUCAGUCAGAUAGGUGCGGGGUUGCUCUCAACUGACUCUUUUACUGGUACGAACUCCAACAACUCAUGUUCCUCCGUAUCCGGCUCCCCCCCUCCCGAGGAGGAGUGCACGGACGAGGGGGGGAAGCGAGGGGUACUGCCGCGGCACGCCACGCAGGUCAUGAGGGCCUGGCUGUUCCAGCAUCUUGUUCACCCAUACCCGACAGAGGAGGAGAAGCGCACCCUGGCUGCGCAGACGCGGCUGACGCUGCUGCAGGUGAACAACUGGUUCAUCAACGCGCGCCGCCGCAUCCUGCAGCCCAUGCUCGACUGCGCUGAUAAACCAGGUGGCAAGAAAGGUAAGAAUGGUUCCUCAAUCAGCAAGAGGUACUGGCCUGAUGCACUCUCCAACCCACAGUUUACAGCCGGUCUCCUCUCAUCAUCAGAGGACGAGGAUCAGGAAGGCGACCCAUCAGGCGACGAGCAGGACUCGACGAGCGAGCAGCCCGAACACACUAGCUACCCCAUUCAACAGCCUAUGCAUUAAACCAGGUAGUGUUCAGUUUUAGGAACGAGUACAUUAAUGAGAAACUAUAAAUAAGGAUAAAUACUGCUAGGGAGUGGAAUUCUUUGCCGGAGUCUGUGUUUCCUGAUGGGUAUAACCUGGGUGUCUUGAAUAGAUUGCUUAUGGGCAGAUAUCGUAUAUCGUAUCGACCAUCGUAGGUCACAUCAUCACUUAUAACCAGGCGAGAUAGCGGCCAAUUGUCGACCUAUCAAAUAUAUAUCGACGGUUAAAAGCAAAUAGGGUAUAAGCCACAAAAAAUGAAAUGUUCAGGAGAGCCGUUUAAACUCGUCGGUCGUCGAAAGAAUACUAGGAAAAUGUUUUUUUCCAUUGCUAGCGUAUAAACG